ACUGCCGAGAUCUGUCUAGCCUUUUUAGCUUCUCUUGUCCCCGCUGUUGCUGUGUUCUUUUAUUGUCUGGCCGGGAACGAUGACUUCUGCUUUAGAGAACUAUAUCAAUCGAACUGUUGCUGUGAUCACCUCUGAUGGGAGAAUGAUUGUGGGAACAUUGAAAGGUUUGGACCAGACUAUUAAUUUAAUUUUGGAUGAAAGUCAUGAACGAGUAUUUAGUUCUUCACAAGGAGUGGAACAAGUAGUAUUAGGGUUGUAUAUUGUAAGAAGUGACAAUGUAGUUGCCAUUGGAGAAAUUGAUGAAGAAACAGAUUCAGCCCUUGCUUUGGGGAAUAUUCGAGCAGAACCUUUGAACUCUGUAGCACAUUGAGGAAA